UUUAGAUUUAUUUCGUCAUUAUUUGUUGGCUUAUUAAUAAAUCAAAUGAAUAAUCAUGGUGGAUUUUCAUUGAUUGAGAGGCAUUUGAAACAAGAUGAUGAAGGCAUGAUAAAAAGCGUCUUAAGAAGUGUUAAAAUGAACUUUAUUCAUGCACAGCUCCAGCUGUCGUUGUGUUUACGACUUUCUGAGGGGUUUCUGUGCAGUUGUCCUGCUAAUGUGGAACAUUUUGUUCAGUGCUUGCAGUUUUAGUGUCAUUUCUUAAACCGGAUCUGCUGUCCUGCAAGUCAAGAACACUUCGGGAUUGUGAGUGUCACAUCUGUGCAUCAGCAGGAGGGCUGAUAGAUAUCUUAUGCAUUUGCUGGUCAUUAUUUUAACAGUCACAGAGUGGAAAUUAAAAAUCUUUAUGCUUAUAUUUGAUAUAUUUUCUAUCUAUUGUUCUGUCUCAUUCCAACAUUGGUUUUUCACUAAUGUCUUCAGUAGUUAUGAUUAGUUAUUGAAGGCUAGGAUGAUUUCAAGUUUCAAACAAAUUUCACUGACUUCCCAAAGACUUUUAUCCUGGUUAAGCUUCUGUACACAUCUUGGUUUCGCUGAUAAGACCCUGCCCAGUGUUUUGAGUCAAAUGAAACCCAGACAGAUCCUUUAACAGGUCUUUGUUCCUGAGACUCUCAGUCAGCAGUAAUGUCCCAGAGCUUUACAGUGAGAGAAUCCAAGGCUUUGCACAUAGACGUGCAGCAGGGGCCCCAUUGUCCCUCACAAAAUGUUAAUGGUCGGAAAUGUUAAUAAUCUGUACACGGGGUUCUGGCCUUUGAUGCUCUGUUGUCGAAACUGAUCCGGCAGUUUUGAGUGACUGGUUAAUGGCAUUCCUCACACUUGCUCUAUCAUUGGCUGGAGAGAGAAUGAAAGUGUACGGCAGCCCUCAGGGACUCCCAAAUGGUCAAGUGCCUUUAACGUCCCGGCUUCAUGUCGUAUUCCUCCAGCUUUACCACCAGCCCCUUUGAGCACCCUUUUUAUCCACACUUUUUUUAGCCGUUUGAGGGUCUGACAGAAGCUCAGUGUGAGGGCGCAAGUGGGCUAACUUUCAUUACCGCUGCUGAUCCCAGAGGCACUGGAGGCCGAUUCAAAACAACACGGCUGCACGGAAACACUGGACCUCCAUUGGGAUUGAGUGCAGGAAAACCUCCUGUAACAUUUAGGGAGAGACUCAUUGGAUUUUUAUUUUAUUUUUUAUUUUUUUUGUGGGUAGAAAGUUAUUUCUACCAUGAAGCAAACUUGGGACAAGGGUGUUUUUGAGAACGGCCAGUCAAGUAUUCCAGGGAAUGUUGGGAAAGCUUCCACUGAACACCUCCAGAGUACCUCAGGAGAAAAGCUUGAUAAUAAGUCUGCUCCUCUGGCUAGUGCUCAUGGUGGACUGGGUCAGAACCUGCUGCUGAGUCCUGCCAGUCUUCAGCUGGCUCAGCUUCAGGCCCAGCUCACCCUACACCGCCUCAAACUCGCCCAGACCACCAAUACUGCCACUGCAGCCACUGUCCUAAAUCAGGUUCUUUCCAAUGUGGCCAUGUCCCAGCCUCUCUUCAACCAUCUUCGGGGCUCCAGCAUGGCCCAAGCCCACAGUGGGACCUUUCCACCUCCACCCAUAGCCUUCCCACCACCAAAUGCUGCAUUGGGACAACUGGUUGGUGGUGGCUUUGCCCCAAAUCCCACAGGAAUCAGGCCCACCAGCUAUAGUGGGGUGUCCAACCAGAAAGCUAGUCAGCACAAUGAUUUCAGCAAAAAGGCUGGAACAUUUUCGACGGACACGGACCGUCGCUUGCAGUUUGGAUAUCUGGGAGGGGCUUCAGUGGUCACUAGUAAAGCAUGUGAUGUGGGACAGUAUGGUGGAGCCACUACACAACCCAGAAACAAUGUCCAUGGCAAUUUUCAAAGGGAUUUCUAUUCCUCAGAAACACCAGUACAACAAACUUGUUUCAUGGGAGGAAGCAAUGAUCAGAAUUUGGGAUCAGCCUCAUCAGCCUCUAAGGAUCAAUGGAAAGGUCCGAUCAACUUGGGGAAGAUGGAUAUAGGUACAGGAACAGGUUCUGGUGGUUGGGUACCACCUGGACCAGGGUUUGUGGGUCAGAGAGCAGAGUUGUAUAACCCAGAGGAACCCACAGCAGAUCCUAAGUUCAACUCAACAUGUGGCCCAGGGAUUGGCCCACCCCUUGGGCAGCAAGGGGGAUUUCAACAGCAGCCACAGGUUUCCCAGAGUGAGGAAAGGGUUACCUUGCAAUUGCAAUCCCACCAGUUCAGUGACUAUCAUGGGACAACACCUUCACACCUACCACAUCAGUGCACCAUUUGUGAGAAGAAGGUUUACAACCUGAAGGACUGGGACCAGCAUGUGAAGGGCAAGUUACAUCUACAGAACUGUUCGCUCUACACCGAAAGCCCAACACUCGGAGCAGUGCACUUUCCCGUAUCGUCUGAAGGAUGUCUCAACAUGGCAUUGAGUAACACUUUGGCAUACACGUCGGCUGCCAGUCAAGAUGUUUCAACUGGAAGUGCUUCGUAUUUGCCUGGCACAGCCAUGAAGUCAUUUCCUCUCUCAGGGGCGGGAUUUACUUCGCACCAAGCAGGGUUUCUUCAGCGUAAAGCGUGUCCCGGACGCGUUGUGCACAUCUGUAACCUCCCGGAGGGCAGCUGCACGGAGAAUGACGUCAUCCACUUGGGACUUCCCUUCGGCAAAGUGACCAACUACAUCCUCAUGCGCACGACGCAUCAGGCUUUUCUGGAAAUGGCAUACGUGGAGGCGGCGCAGGCGAUGGUGCAGUACUACCAGCUGCAGCCGGCUACCAUCAACGGACACAAGCUACUGAUCCGCAUGUCCAAGAGAUACAAGGAGCUGCAGCUGAAGAAACCAGGUAAAGAUGUUGAUUCUAUAAUCCAAGACAUCAAUUCCCAGAGAGAGCGAGACGAGAUGCAGGAGAUCGACAGGUACCUGCCGGAGCGUGACCGAUCACGCAGUCCAGUCAGUCGUUCUCUGAGUCCGCGCUCACACAGUCCGAGCUUCACCUCCUGUAGCUCCGCCCACAGUCCACCGGGGCCGUCCUGCCGGUCUGACUGGAGCAACGGCAUGGGGCCCCGCCGGGCCUCUUGGGACUGGACGUCCCAUUCCCGUGGCGACGAGGACCCCCACGAGAGAGACGACUGGAGGAAUGAUGAGGAAGAAAGACACAAUGGAUGGCUGUCCGAGCGCAGGAAACCCUACCUUAAAUCCGGGGACCGGAUCAGCCCACGUAUGGGGCCCGGGGACGAGCGGGGCAGGGACUGGUAUCCCCGCGGAAGCCCUCAGGGUUCGUCCUUCUCCUCCUACCACUCCAUAGAUGACUUUUACAAGAAAGACUCACUGUACAAGACUGAUAAACUGAGCAGGCCGCAACAUCAGAGACAUGAGGGGAAAACGAAGAAAAGGGAAGGCGGUGACUACCACAGACCCAGACACUCAGAGUCAGACGUGACGGAUGACACACACUCCAACCGGACAGCUGAAGACAGAGGACGCAGCAAGAGGCCGAGCCGGAGACAAGAUAAAGAGGAGAAAGAGUCCGAAAAUCAGAAGGAAGAAUACAGAGCCAAAGAAAGAUCAGCAUCUCCUCAUAACAGCAAACCUGCACAGUCUUCAAAGUGUGACAGAGAUGGUGACAACGAGGGACUGGAAAGUGUAGAUGAUGGAGAGGAGGAGAGCUGGUAUCCUAAAAGCAUGGAGGAACUGGUGACCGUAGAUGAAGUUGGAGGAGAGGACGACUCCAUAGUUGAACCUGAUCUACCUGAUCUUCACGAGGAGGACCAGAGAGUCGAGCCCAGCCAUUUGACAGCAGAGAGCCCUAAACCAAACACGAAGACCCCAACAGAAGGCGAGGAAAGCACGGUAGACCCUCCGUCCCUUCCUUUGCUGGAUUUGGUUCCAGAAGAAAGCUCUGGAGGUGCUCAGUCCAAGCCUGCAGAGACGCCCCUAAGACCACCUGCCCCAGAACAACCGGUCUGUCAACUCAACCGCUUCCCGUCCCAGGAGUUCAAGAGCGCUUUGGAGGAGACCCUCUCCACUACUCAUAUGGAUACACACAUCGACACAACCAUGCCAGCUGGUCCUCUAAACAACAGCAGCACAUGUGAAAGUGGGAAAGUGAAUGACUUGAGUAAUGAUGAGAGAAAGACGCCAGAGAUGGAAAACAAGGAACCAUGUCUCAAACUUGAUAGUCAGAAGAAAGAUAUUCCUGAACCAUUACCGGCCCCUUCACCUCAGGUGACUGACAUCUUUACUGCAUCGCCCUCUCAGGAGCAGGAGAAAGCCAUCAGUGAACACAGCAUACCGUUAGGUGUGGAGUUCAUCGUGCCAAGGACAGGAUUUUAUUGCAACCUGUGUGGUUUGUUUUACACCAAUGAACAAACAGCCAAGACGUCACACUGUCGGAGUACAGUUCACUACAGGAACCUACAGAAGUAUCUGUCACAGCUGGCGGAGGAAAGUCUCUUAAAAUUCCACACAGAGUCGCCGAACACUGAAUGAAGCUCACGUGAGACUAUCAGGACUGCACCACUGCUGGGACAUGGACACAAGAAGAACUGAAAAUGGAUCAUUUGUGAACUCUGGUUCAUAGCAGUACAAACUGUAUGAAAGUUUUCAGGGAUUUAAAACAAAUGCCUUAUUAAAUAUCUUAGAUUUUAAAGUAAAUUCCAAACACACAUUACCUUUUUUUGUCAGUGAAAUACAAAGCAUUUUUUUCAGAAUGUCAAUGCUGUUAUUUUUCUGUACAGUGGAAUUGAAGGUGGAAUGUGGUUCCAAAAGUUUUUUUUUUUUAAGUCAUACAUUAGUUUAGUGUAAGAAACAAACUGAAAAAUAUAAAAAUUAAUUUAGUUUUUAGACCUCGGAGCCCUACACAUGACAUGCAAAAGAAAAUUAGACUUUAUGGCUAUGUUGUAUUCAUUAUUCAUUUUCUUUAAUUUAGUUUUGAUUUAGUUUCAUCAUGGCCUUGAUUCAACUAAAAUGAAUGAAAAAAAUCAGUUCAAUCAAUUAUUGUAGCAAACUAAAACCAUACAUUUGUUACUUGAAACAAAUGUUAACUGAAAUAAUUUUAUUUCUAUAAAUAAUUUAAUUAAUAUAAACAUUUUAUUUCAGCUAGUUGCUAAGUCAACAUAUCUUAGUUUUGUUUACUUUAAUUUGAAGUACU